AGGUGAAAUGAGAAGAAUAUAUCACAAUGGCAAGGUUUGUGCGGGUCGCACCUUUCUCGGUAGGCCUCGGACAAGACAUCGUUGUCUACAAAUCGAACCAGAUCUAACUGACCUAAUGGCGAUGUCACGUGAUGCCAAUGAGUUGCUGUGGGCGUGGAAAGGCUGGCGAGAUGCAGUCGGUAGACCAAUGAGAGACCUUUAUCCAAUAUAUGUGAAUCUAUCCAACGUAGCUGCUGUGAAUAAAGGUUUUUCAAACGAAGGGGAAUCAUGGCUGCAUAGAUACGAAGAUCCUGAUUUUAUUGAUGAUAUCGACUAUCUUUGGGAGUCUAUAAAGCCGCUGUAUUUACAAGUGCACGCUUACGUCAGGCGAAGACUCGUUGAUUAUUAUGGAUCAGAUGUUGUAGAUCUACAUGGACCAAUCCCUGCCCAUCUCCUUGGUAACAUGUGGGCACAGGAAUGGAAUAAUAUCUACGACAUCGUGGAACCAUAUCCGGGUCAUGGCGCAAUUGAUGUCACCAAUGAAAUGAAAGAUCUCGGAUGGACAGCAGAAAACAUGUUCACUGUUGCUAAUCAAUUCUUUACAUCACUUGGGCUUGAAUCAAUGCCAAGGAGUUUCUGGGCUAAGUCUAUGAUGGUUAAACCAAGAAAUCGUGAAGUAUCAUGCCACGGAAGCUCUCUUGAUUUCUACAAAAAUAAAGAUGUGAGGAUCAAGAUGUGCACAGAAGUUAACAUGCAGGAUCUCUUCACUGUCCAUCAUGAGAUGGGACAUUGUCAAUACUACCUACAGUACAGGAAUCAACAUGCUCUCUUUCGUGAUGGAGCCAACCCUGGGUUCCACGAAGCAGUAGGGGAUACUGUUUCUCUGUCGGUUAUUACACCAAGCUAUCUGAACCGAAUUGGUCUCCUCCAACAGUCUCUAUCCAAUCACACAGAAUCCAAUAUUAACUUUCUAAUGAAGUUGGCGCUAUUCAAGCUGGUAUUUCUGCCGUAUGGACUGCUUGUUGAUAAAUGGCGAUGGCAGGCUUUUAAAGGCGAAAUACAACCAAAUGAUUACAACCAAGCCUGGUGGAAUCUAAGGAAACAAUACCAAGGGAUUCAGGCACCAAUACCACGCAGUCCUCAUGACUUUGACCCAGGGGCGAAGUUUCACGUAGCAACGGGUACACCGUACGUCAGAUAUUUCGUUAGUUUCGUUAUUCAGUUCCAAUUCCACAAAGCACUGUGCGACGCUAAAGGAGAACAGGGCCCAUUACAUCUAUGCAACAUCUAUAAUUCUAAAGAAGCUGGAAGAAAAUUUAGGUCUAUGCUGAAGAUGGGUGCCAGUAAACCUUGGCAUGACGCUAUGGAGGUCAUGACUGGCCAACGCAAAAUGGAUGCCAAACCUCUCCUAGAAUAUAUUCAGCCUCUUACCGAAUGGCUGCGGAAUGAAAACCAGGGGAAAUUUGUUGGAUGGACCUGACAGUCAUAGAGCUGGUUUGUUUUAAUUUACAUUCUAUAAAAUACUGAACUUAUGGAUUGGGUUUUGGGCCGUUAUCAUAGUUCUUUCUUCAGGUGGUAUAUCCAGAAUGAGAAGCCCUUCUUUGAAGAAGACUCGGAAAAUACAAAUAUAUCUUUUAAUGGGUUUUGAAAUGUACAACCGCUGAAUCUGUUCAACAAAGAAUCAACAUACCAAGUUCUAAAAGACUUGAUGAUGCAUUAUUACACUGUAUAUAGAAGAUAACAAUACGUCAUAUCAAUACUCUUUCCUAACGUCUAUCAAAGAUGGCGCUCUUAAUUAUUAGCUAAUUGUCAGAUUGCCACCUCAAUAAUUUCCUCUAGGAUGACAACAUGGACAUGGUGGGUGAAGUGAUUAGUCAGAUUCAAUGACCAGGCAGGUGUUUCAUUAAGUUGUGUGUAAACUUGCACAUUAAUGGAAUUUUAAGUGCCAGCUCAAAUACUUAUUACCAAAAUAUUACCAAUUGUAGAUUGUUACAAAUAUAAUUAAAGCUUACAAGAUUUUACAUUCAAGAGACAAUUCAUCUAAGUGGCACGUAUUAGAAAGCAACACAUGUAACAUUUGUGGAGAAGUUGAUACCACUUUUCAUUUCAUACUGUAUUGUAAAUAUGUUCGAUUGUUUUUGAAAAUUAUAGUAAGGUAGCUAUUUUAUAUUUUCGAUUACUAUUUCUAUAGAAGAAAAAAACAUU